AAAUAAGGUAGACUCAACCGAUUUUGCCAUGGCUUCACGCUUCCCCCUCCUUUUUCUCUCCUCUCUCCUCAUCGUUGCGUCGUGUCGUUAUUCCGCCGCUGUCGACGGCGGCAAUUUGGAUAGCAACGAUCCCCUGAUCCGUCAAGUGGUGGACCACGGCGACGGCGAUAACGAGUUGCUCAACGCCGACCAUCAUUUCACUAUAUUUAAGAGUAAAUUCAGCAAGUCGUACGCUUCUCAGGAGGAGCACGAUCACAGGUUCUCGGUGUUCAAGGCUAACCUCCGCCGCGCUAGCCGGCACCAGAAGCUCGAUCCUUCAGCCGUUCACGGCGUUACGCAGUUCUCCGAUCUCACGCCGCGUGAGUUCCGGAACAGAUUCCUCGGAAUCAACAGGAGGCUCCGCCUACCGUCCGACGCUCAAGAGGCGCCGGUUUUGCCUACCAAUGAUUUGCCUAAGGACUUCGAUUGGAGAGAUCACGGUGCUGUUACAGCGGUGAAGAAUCAGGGUUCCUGUGGAUCAUGCUGGUCGUUUAGCACAACUGGAGCAUUGGAGGGUGCCAACUACCUCGCAACAGGGAAGCUUGUGAGCCUCAGCGAACAGCAGCUUGUAGAAUGUGAUCAUGAGUGUGAUCCAGAAGACAAAAAUUCAUGUGACUCAGGGUGCAAUGGUGGAUUGAUGAACAGUGCUUUUGAAUACACACUCAAAGCCGGUGGACUCAUGAGAGAAGAAGACUAUCCAUACACUGGAACAGAUCGUGGAACUUGCAAAUUCGAAAAGAGCAAAGUUGUCGCAAAGGUUGCCAACUUCAGUGUAGUAUCGCUUGAUGAAGAUCAAAUCGCAGCAAAUCUUGUCAAAAACGGUCCUCUUGCAGUUGCUAUCAAUGCAGUUUUCAUGCAGACUUAUGUCGGAGGAGUGUCAUGCCCAUACAUCUGCUCAAAGCGAUUGGAUCAUGGCGUGCUGCUGGUUGGGUACGGUGAAGCUGGCUAUGCUCCCAUCCGGUUGAAGGAGAAACCAUAUUGGAUUAUAAAGAACUCUUGGGGAGAGAAUUGGGGAGAAAAUGGAUACUACAAAAUCUGCCGAGGCCACAAUAUUUGUGGGGUGGAUUCCAUGGUUUCAACUGUUGCAGCUGUGAGCAGCUCAAAGUAGGAGAGAUGCAUUGUAUCGAGGUGCAUUAAAGUUUCACCUCGUUCAUGUAUAUAAAGAAGUGUGCUUCAUCUGCAUUUAUUUACCAUUUGGGGAAAAGUAAAACUCAUCUUUUAUAAUUUUAUAAAUCAAUCGUAUGUUUAUUUAUAAACUAUUGGUUGCAACUA